CGAGGCUUAGGUCAUGUUGUGGUUAUAUAAACAUAAACAUAACGUCCACUUCUUCUUCCCUACUCUCUUUCUUUCUUGUCGCCGCCGACCCCAACUCUCUCACUCACUGAUUACAUAUGACAAACUGUCCCAGUGAUAUGUCAUCCAUUCAAAUAAGUUUCAGUAGAACUUAAUUUCCCCCCUGCUAUAUCAAGCUAAGGAAGCAAUAGUUGGUCUUGGGUAUAUUUGUGGCAUUGCUUCAGUUCCUACUUCCCAUAAAGACUGAGACUAAAGCAAAUUCUGUUUGAAAUUGCUGCUUAUGGUGUGGUGUACCUUCUGAUUAUGAAAGGAAUGCUUUGAACUGAAUAAAGAAACUUCAACAGAAGAAUCUCCCAUAUGGAAGGUAAAUUUGAUAAGCAAAAUAAAGCUACAACAUAUGAAGACGGUAUUCCUGUUGACGUGACGGGAUUUACAAGAAGCAGUGUCCCUGGAAUCCUUACGAAGGAGGAUCCAGAUGAGACAGAAUACUCAAGCUCAUUUGCCGACUCUACAUCUGGUAAUGAUAAUUUUUCUGGACCAAGUGAUGCUGAAGUUGAGUCCCAAUUCUGCAAUGAAAGUGGCUUAGGGUCUUCAUUUGAUGGAUUUGGAAGUUUGUUCCCUCUGAGGAAGAAAAAGUUGACCAGUCAUUGGAGAAACUUUGUAAGUCCUGUAAUGUGGCGAUGCAAGUGGAUAGAAGUGAAACUAAAGGAGUUUAAAUCACAGGUGACAAAAUAUGACAGAGAGAUGGCUGCAUAUGAUCGGGAAAAACAUCAGGUAUUAGAUCAAAUGUUGCUACAAGAUUCUGGAUCAAAAUCAAUACCAUACAUUCAUCAAAGCGAAAAGAAAAAGGCCAUGAAGAGGAGGAGGAAACGACAGAGAGCUGAAGGAAUGGAUACAUUGUCAUAUAUGUCAAAUCAUAAGCUCUUCUCCUACUUUGAAAAUAAGAAAUCAGAUCCAGAUGGGAAUUCUGCAGGCGAUGAAUUGAGUAAUGUAGUAUUGGUGGAACACAAUACCAGCACCCAUGACGAGUUGGUUAGUGAUGAUUUUUCAAUUCUCAAACACAGUGAUGAUUUACCAGAGCAGAUCCUUCGGAAAAUUGAACUGCUACAUACAAGGGUUCACAGACUGAAUGCUCAACUUGAUACAGUGAUGGCCAAAAAUGCAUUGAAGUUCUCUUCCUCUGAGAAUCUGAGCAACCUGGGAUUUUAUGAGGCACAGGACAGCUCUGUUCGUAACCCCACAUUCUCUGCUUGCAAUGGGGAGACAGUGUCGGUUGGAUGUUUAUACACGUCUACUCAACACAUAGGUGUCAAUGAUUUUGGAGAUUCCAUCAUGCAUGAUGGUGCAAUUUCAAGCUUUGGGGUGGCUAAUCCUCCAGACAUAAGUGAAAGUAGCACAGGAUUUCUUUCGUUUGUUGAUGCCACCCAGCAUCAGGCACAGGUUGGAGAUUCUGGUGAAAAAAUUGUGGAUAACAUCCUCGCACAAAAUGAAGCAGCUGAAGUAGAAGGAGGGUGUCUUUUAAAGAUGAAUCAUGAUCAAUCCUUAGUGAAAAACCUAGGCACGGAGAAGAAUAUUGCAGACGAAAGCACUAAUCCUCCGCCUGCAGUUCCUGUACCUCAACCAAAUGCUUUGCUCAAAGCUGGUACAUCCCAUGAGCAGUCAACUUUGAGACCAUGCUUAACCUCCGAAAUUCAUUUUCCAUCUACUGCAAGUAAAAGAAAGCGAGGAGAGCGUAAAGCAGGUGGUGGUGGUUGGAAUUGGCAAAAGCCAGGAGAACCUGACAGCCAGUAAGAUUGUUUUCUGCUCGGUAUUAUUCAUAAAUUUGCAAGGUCAGACUUUUAGAUGCCAUUUUAAAAAAGAAAAAGGUGGAAACAUACCUUACCAUACCAUACCAUACCAUGUCCUUCCCAUGCAAGAUUCAAAAUAAGAAACUUAGUUAUACCGAGCAUUUUCCCAUGGCAUUUUCUGCAUUCAUAUGUGAGCCACAGACACUACACUAGAGUAAGGUGUAAGAAGUGCCAGCAGUUGUCAGUCUCUUUUCUCUACUCUACUCUUUGUUAGCGGAACAUUAACAUAUGGAUUUUUCUAGGUUGAAAUUUGUAGCUCUGAGGCUGGUGCUUGAUCUCAGCUUCCAUAAAAACGAGAAUUUUCUUGUGUUGUAUGUUAAAAAUUAAAUUAGCAGCAAUAUACAAAUUUAUUUUUCUUCUGUUA